AACAGCAUCGGCUCAACUUGUGUGAAGACUAGGAAAGCAGAAAAAAAUAAAGAAUUAUAAGCUGAUACUCUUGAAGUUCUCAUCAUGCUUGUUUCCUCUCAUCACCUUGCUCUUGCUACGUCUCUGCUCACUGGAGCCUGGUUGGCUCGUACGACUCUCGCAGUGAGCUGUGAUAUUGGCGAAUUAGUCGAUAGGAAAGAGUGCGAUGCCGCCGUCGCAAGUAUCGUUUAUGAUAAACCCUCCAACACUCUCGACAGAGUCUCGAGCAGGUUUGCGAAGCUCUCGGGAAAUUGUACCAUAAUCCUCUCAAAUCCCAGAAAAGACGUAGUAACCAAGCAGCAAAUCGAGGCGGGUUUUAAGAGUAUCUUCGACCAAUGCGAGCCCAAUGCGGGUGAAAAUCCUUUGUUCAAUUCAGUUUACCUUUUAAACCAAAACCAUCAAUCAGAGCAUGAUACCAAUUACUUCCCUCCUCGAACUUUGGCCUGUGGUCUUAACAUUGGGGCGCCGUUGACGGUCGAUAAAGAUUGUCAAAAUGCGUUCAAUAGUAUCUCGGUCGAUAGUAAGGGUCGAUUGCUGGGUGAUAAGGGUCAACCGGCACCUUCCAUAUUGAAGACGUUGAAAACCUGCACGGUGCUCAUAUACACGACCGACGACUCCCCACUCAUCGCGAAAAAGAGCGAGAUCGGUUCAGUAGUUUCGAAGACAAUCAAAGAAUGUAAAGGAAAGUCUGGCGUGAUAGGUUUAACGAAGGGAGCCAGCGGCAACAAUGGUUUGACCGUGGUCAGAGUAAGAAGUAGCCUACGAUGCGGUUCUCGAGCCGAUUCUGGGGGACAAUACUGUGCUCCCUAG